UCACACUGAGGAAUAAAAACCUAAUUUCUGAUUGAAAUUAAAAAAUCCAUUAAAAAUGAAAAUAGAUGAUGAAGAAGAAGAAGAAUUGAUGCAACAGCUGAGAUUCAAACCAACUGAACUUCUUCUCAGAGAAGAAUAUAAAGAAUCAAUUAAAGUUUACUCUAAUUUCAUAUCCCUCUCUAAAAACCAUCUCCCAAAAAUCACUUCCAAAUCUGAAAACCCAGAUCGAUUCAACAAAUUACAGAAAACUCUUUGUUUAGCUCUAUCAAAUCGAGCCGAUGCAAAAUCAAAGAUCCGUCAUUACGCGGAAUCACUUGAAGAUUGUAACGCAGCAUUGGAAAUUGAGAAUACCCAUUUCAAAACCCUUGUCUGUAAAGGUAAAAUCUUGUUACAUCUUAAUCAAUAUGCGAAUGCUUCUAACUGUUUUCAAUCUGCUUUACAUGAUAAUGAACCUAUUCAGAACAGUGAUUUUGAAAUGAUAAAUGGGUUUUUAGAUAGAUGUAAGAAACUUGAGUAUCAAUCUAGGACUGGGGUUUUUGAUUUGUCUGAUUGGGUAUUAAAUGGGUUUUCCAAAGAUCAAAAUCCAGAUCUCGCCGAGUUCAUUGGACCAGUCGAGAUUAAGAAAUCGGAGGUCAGUGGUAGAGGUUUGUUUACGACAAAGAAUAUUGAAGCCGGGAGUUUAUUGUUUGUUACUAAGGCAGUUGCCACUGAUAGAGGGAUUUUUUUGCCGGAAUGUGGUGAAGAUUCAAAGAUGGUUAUGUGGAAGGAUUUCGUCGAUAAAAUUGUUGAUGUUGCGACGAAAUGUAGAAAGACUUGCGAUUUGAUUUGCAGAUUAUCAACUGGGGAAGAAGAAGAAGUGCUUCAAGUUCCUGACAUUAGUGUUUUCAGGCCUGACAAUGAUGAUUUUUUAUUAACUGAGUAUAUGAAACCAGAUGUUGCUAAGAUUUUGAACAUUUUGGAUGUGAAUUCGCUAACCGAAGAAGACGGAUUCUCCUCUAAAGUUCUUGGAAAGAACAGUAAUUACUAUGGUGUUGGUUUAUGGAUUUUGGCAUCUUUCAUUAAUCACUCUUGUGAGCCUAAUGCCAGGCGCUUACACAUUGGAGAUCAUUUAAUGGUUCAUGCUUCUAGAGAUAUCAAAGCUGGAGAAGAAAUAUUUUUCGCUUAUUUUGAUGUUUUAACACCAUUGAACAAGAGAAUAGAGAUGUCUAAAACUUGGGGAUUUCACUGUGAGUGUAACAGAUGCAGAUUCGAGAGAGAUAUGUUUAACCGUAAUCAGGGUUUAACUGAAAUUGAGAUUUUGCUGGAGUGUGGGUCAGAUAUAGGUAAUGUAAUUGUCAGAUUAGAGGAAGGGAUGAAGAGAUGGAUGGUGAAGGCGGAGAAAAGGGAGAAGGGCUAUUUGAGAGCUUCAUUCUGGAGGAUAUUUACAGAAGCUUACCAGUCAGAGAAGUCUAUGCAAAGGUGGGGACGGCGGAUUCCACCAGCUGAGGUUGUCGGCGAAAGCGUUGCAGAAGCUGUAGGCAGUGAUGAAAGAGUUCUGAAAAUGGUGGUGGAUGGGUUGAGAAGAAAUGGUGUUAUUGGUGGAGUUGUGGAGAUGGAGAAAGAAAUGAAGCUAGGGAGAUCUGUUUAUGGGAAAGUGAUCAAGAAAAGAAAGGCAAUGAAAGCUCUACUUGAGCUUUGCAUUCGUUAACAAAUUAGAACUGAAUUUUGGUUUCAUGUUUUAUUGACCACUACUGUGUGAUUUGAUUUUCUUAAGAUAUAAUAAGCACUUCACAAAUCGAAGGCAAGGAAGUUUCAAUCUCCAGUUUAUAACAGCUGCUUCAGGAAAUCCUGCUAAACCAUACAGUCAGUUUUAAUGAUGUCCCAGCAUUUAGCGUAAAAUUCCAUGGUCAUUCCAUCUUGUCCUGGAGUCUUGUGAUGUCCAAAAUGCUUUAUCAUGUCUCUGCAACCGGUGUACUUCUUGCUUCUCCAGGGGUGUAAUGGUGCAUAACUGGAGGAGGUAUGCCAUACAAUGCCUCAAAUGGGGUCAUCCAAGCAGAUGUAUGGUAAGUCGUGUUAUACCAAUAUUCUGCCGAAUGUAGCCACGACGACCAAGUCUUACGCUUCUCUCCAGCAAAACAACGCAAGUAGGAUUCUAAGCACCGGUUCACCACCGGGUGAUAAGAAGAGCUCAUUCUUAAUUCGGUUCCUUGAAGUCGAAAUAAUUCCUGCCAAAAUUUACCAGUGAAUACAGCAUCUCUGUCCGACACAAUGGAUUGUGGAAAUCCACGCAAUUUCACUACAGAUUCUAAGAAAACCUUGGCUACUGACGCUGCAGUGUACGGAUGUUUUAGUGCCAUGAAAUGGGCAUAGGCAACGGUUGCAUUAGUCCGGCCGGCAACAACGUCUCAUACUUAUUUUUUUUUGACACACUUCACAGUGUGCUAUAUAAUUUCUAAUAUCUUGUUGCAUUCCCUGCCAAUAGAAUAAUUUUGAAAGCCUUUUCAUCGUUUUUAAAUAACCUGAAUGUCCCGCUGCCGGCGAUGAAUGAAAUUCUUGCAACAGUA